AAGCGAAAGUUAGAAAGGUGUAGGUGAUUUUAUAACGAAACCGCUGCAUUGGCUAGCGCAGUUAAGCGCUUUGAGCUCAGUGGGGGACUGAGCAGGUAGAAAUGGCGUCGAAACGUCCCUUCUCUGAAGAGGAUUUUACGUGUCCUGUUUGCUGUGAUAUUUUCAGUGAUCCCGUGUUGCUCCAGUGUGGCCACAGUGUGUGUAGAGACUGUAUUCAACGGUACUGGACGAUCAAAGAUUCAAGAGAAUGCCCGCUGUGCCGAAAAAGAUCCGCCACCAGGAACCCUCCGGUAAACUUGGCUCUGAAAAACUUGAGUCAAGCUUUUCUGGAUCACCGGGGCCCUUUAGAGGAGCAGUGCGAGAUUCACCGGGAGAGACUGAGUCUGUUCUGUCUGCAUGAUGAAGAGCUCAUGUGUGUGGUUUGCAGAGAAUCACAGCAACACAGAACCCACUCGUGCCGCCCUGUCAAUGAGAUCGCCGAGGAACGUAAGACAGUUUUUCGCCGUGAGCUUGAUCUCUUGACUAGAAAAAUGAAGUUUCUAGAACAUGCCAAAUUUGAAUGCCAUCGCCAGGCAGAGCACAUACGUCACCAGAUUCGUCACACAGUGAGCAUCAUCAAAAAGGACUUUAAGCAUCUUCACCAGCUUUUAUAUGAUGAAGAAAGGGCCAUGCUUGCUGCGCUGAGGAACGAAAGUGAACUAAAAACAAAGCUCAUACAAAAGAAAAUUGAGAAGAUGAAGGAAGAAAAAUUAUCUUUGCCAAAAACUAUCAAAGAACUGAGAGAUAAAUUGGAUAGUGGGGAGGUCCAGUUUCUUCAGAGCUUCAAGGACAUGUUGGAGAGAGCCCAGAACAUGAACCAAGAAAUAGAACCAGUUCAAGGAGGGCUUAUUGAUACUGCACAAUACCUGGGCAAUUUGAAGUUCAGAGUGUGGAUGAAAAUAAGACAGUCCAUCAGUUACACUCCUGUGGUGCUCGACCCAAACACUGCUAACUCUCAACUUAUACUGUCUGAAGAUCUGACAUGUGUGAGGGACCGAGAUGAGCAAGAGGAGGAAGACAUAGUUGGUGUGCAGAAGAAUCAGCUUCCUGAUAACCCAGAGAGGUUUGAUAGGUGUCACUGUGUUCUGGGCUCCGUGGGCUAUUCUUCAGGGACACACAUUUGGGAUGUGGACGUGGGAGACAGCACUUUCUGGAUGCUGGGUGUCACUACAGAGUCUGUGAAGAGAAAAGGAACUGACAGCUUGCCCAGCGAGGUCUGGUGCGUUGGUUAUGAUGGUGACAAACUCAGUUUGAAGGCUCCUCAGGAGUCACGCAUCCCUUUCCUUGGGUGUGAGAAACCAAAGCGAGUGAGAGUGAAACUUGAUUUAGAUAAAGGACAGCUUUCAUUCUCAGAUACUAUAAGCAAAACACACUAUCACACAUUCACAACCCAUUACAUGGAGAAGGUUUUUCCAUUCUUCUGCAGUCUGUGUAGCGUCGCUCCUCUGAGGAUUUUGCCUGUGGUCAAGCUCUCUAAAUAAAAGGGUUGCAUCAGAAAAUAGUUAUACAAAUUAAUUGUGUCAUUACUAGUAUAAAAAGUUCACCGUGAUAAAUCUUUAUCAUUUUUGAAUGCACCUUGUCUCUGUCUCUCUUGUUUGCAUAUUAGUAAGAUGCUGCUUAAAAUUACUUUUAAAAACUGCUUUAAAUUACUUUUUUCCCCAUAUCAUUCUACAUUUCAGACACCAUAAUGACAAAGCAAAAACAGUGGAUGGGGGCAGACACACAUUUUCAGGCUUCUCCAGAAAUAUUUGAUUGGGUUCAAGCCCAGGCUGUGGCUGGGCCAAUCAAAGACAUUCACAAAGUUGUCUAUAAGCCACUCUUGCUGUGUGCUUAGGGUCAUUGUCCUGUUGGAAGGUGAACCUUUUGCCCAGUCUGAGGUUCUGAAUGCUCUGGACUGGGUUUUAAUUAAGGCUUUCUCAAUAUUUUGGUGCACUGAGCUUUCCUUCUACUCUGACGAGUCUAGUCUCUGCCACUGAAAAACAGCCCCACAGCAUGAGGCUGCUACCUCCAUACAUUACUAUGUGCCUGGUUUCCUCCACACAUGAUCCUUGGAAUUGAGGUUCACCAGAACAGAAAAUCUUGUUCCCCACAGUCUGAGGAUCCUUUAGGUGCUUUUUUUUUGCAAAUUCCAAGUGUGUUUUCAUGUGUAUUCACAGAAGAGAGGAUUGAGUUUGGCCACACCGCUAUGAAGCCCAGAUCGGUGGAGUGUUGCAGUGACAUUUGUCCAUCUGUAGGUUUCUCCCAUCUCCAUAUAUGAUAAUGGAACUCAACUAGAGUGACCAUCAGGUUCUUGGUCACCACUCUAACCAAGGUCCUUCUCCUAACCAGCGUUUGCUCAG